UGGAAAUAUAACUGAUGACGAUGUUUCAAACGAAAAAUAUGAAGGCAGAGAAACAAGGCUAAGUAAGAACAAGAAUCGAAAAUUCAAUACGUCUUCAGAAAGUAAAAAUGCUGGUGCCGCUGAAUCGAAAAGUAAAAUGAUUAAGACCAAUUGUGAAGAAGAUGAUGAUGAACAUGAUGGGGAUGAACUGAAUAGCAAUGACGACGACGAUGAAGUUUUUGGUGAGGAGGACGAUGACGACGAUGACGACGAACGAUAUUACUACUUCAGAAACCACCCAGAUCAUUAUAAAAAUAUCUCUACAUCGCACUGCGACUAUAACGGCAACAAAAACCACAAACACAAAACUAGCAGCAACAAUAAUCACCACACUAACUUCGACAACUCCAACAACAACAACAAUUUCAACAUGCAACAAGACACUCUUGACGUCAUGGAUCACGAUGAGGUUUCCAUCACUUCCACCUCACCAAGCUGUUCUUAUUCGGAAAACACAUUGACACAAAUUAACGGAAAUAAUAUUGUUUCCUCUGCAAACAACAACAAUAACAACAUAAGUUCCAAUAACACUAACAACAAUGUUAACACCUCCAACAUCAACACAAACAACUACACUACCAGCAGCAACAACAACAACUUCAACAGUACCUACCAACAAUACGAUGACAACCAGCUACGCCGAUAUAGAACUGCAUUCACAAGAGAACAGCUAGCUAAAUUGGAGAAAGAGUUCUUGAAGGAGAACUACGUAUCGAGACCACGGAGGUGUGAGUUGGCUAGUCAGCUGGACCUUCCUGAGUGCACCAUCAAAGUUUGGUUUCAGAAUCGUCGAAUGAAGGACAAACGACAGCGCAUUUCAAUGGCCGCCUGGUCUUACGGAGCCCUCUCCAUGUCUCACCCUCCCCACGCCAGCCAUCCCCACAAUCUGCCCCCCAAUGACAUUUUUUGUGACCCAUCUGGAGUCAACUUUUACGCUACGUAUGCCAUGAACGCCGCUGCUCUGGCUCGAUAUUCGUACGUCAGCAGCUUCCGCGCAGGUGCUCCGUACUGGGAGUUGCACAACAGGAAUGAAGGAGUUGUAAACAACGGCAGUGCUAACUGCAGUGCCAAUGAUAUCAACGCAAGGAACAACGUUAACAAUUUUGUGAAUGGUUUUCAAUCAAGAGAUUCGAUGUUCAUGGAAGAAGGUGAUGAUAUUUUUCAGAAUAAAGACAAGAAAAACAAUCACUACAAGAACGAUGGAAACAGUGACGCAGUUUUGAACAGCAUGAAAUUAAACAAUUCAGACAAGUGCUCAUCAUCAGCAUCUUCGUCAUCACCAUCCUCACCAACUGCCGCAUCUCAGAUACUCACUGACUGGUUUAACUCAACCAAAUAUCCCACUUCAAAACAUGGCGCUCACUUGAUGGAUGAAGCUGAUGACAACAAAAAGUUGGAUUCAGCGAAGGAGAAUGGCGACAACGAUGGAAAGGAGAAGAGAAUCCACAAAUGUAUCCAAGCAGAGGAGAGUGAGAACAAAUUGAAUUACCAGGAUGUUGAUUGUAAAGUGAAAAAAAUUUCAACGUUAGGUGAAGCAUUGUCGAAAGAAGAUGGUUUAAAAUUAAACUUAAAAAAUGAAGAAAAACUGACAAAUUAUUUAUUGUCGAGAUUCAACUUGAAUCAACAUUCCCAUCACAGCCACAUCCAUCAGAGACAAAUGUAUCUCAAACAACUCCAACACCAACACUAUCAACAACAACAGCAGAUAAUGUUGCAGCAACAAUUACAACAUCAUCGACGACACCAACAAUAUUUGAAACAAUCAAUCCUAUCUGAGAGCACUCUCAAUCUCCCACAUUUGAGCCACUGUUUGCCAAGCAACGAUCACACAACGACUGAGGACUUCAACAAAAUAUGCCAUAACAACCAUCUGAUCCACAAUCUAAAAUCCUUGCCGACGGACCUUCCACUGCACAGUCAGUUCAUCAGCAUGUACAGGUACGGACUGGCGAACGAACUUCUUAAAAGUAACUUAAAUGUCGACAUGUCUGACUACGAAAAACUGGUUUCAAAGUCACUGCAACCAUCAUCGUCUUCAUCAUCCUCUCUUCCAUUUCCUUACACUCCAUCGUCUUUACCCUCGUCAACAACGACAACCUGGGAACCACUGGAUUGUCAGCACUUGUACGGAUCUGUCAUUCCGGCGUGUGGGAGCAGUGGCAAUGGGCAGAACGGAGAGGCAGGAACCGCGAAGUCAGCUGGAAUUCCAAAUGAAAAAUCAAACUCGCAAAGACACAGUCACAGACAUCACAAUCAUCAUCAUUAUCAUAACCAACAACAACAACAUAACUCCAAUCAAUUUCAUCAUCAGUCACAUCAUCAACAACACCAAAAAUUGAUACUCGAUAGCGCAAAACUCAAGCAUUUGAAGGUAGAAAAAUAACAUUGGAGAAAUCUCAACCAAGUCUCCUCCAACGUUACCUGCCAUCAUUCCUAACAAGAUUUUUCAAAAUUCUGUCGAUUCUGUCUUUACUGCUUGUUACUGUUCUUUAACAUUUCAAUCUCACAACAACAAAGAAGAGAAAUUGUGAUUGUUAUUAGUUAGUUAUCGCAUGCGUUGACGAGACAUUUUGGUAGCUAAUUCAUAACUUUCGUCGGGCCAAUUUUCUUUGGUUGUUU